UAUAGAGGUCUGCAAUUUCUUAAAACCCUAACAUCUCUCUUGCAACAAAGUUUUAAACUCUUUAUUAGUAACUCUUUUACAGCCAAAUGCUCUAAUCCCUAAAUCAUCUCAAACACAGUUGAACCCUCACCCAAUAUCACAAAAUUCUCAAAUUGAAAUGGUAUGAACUUGUCUUCAACACAGCAAUCUCAUACGUCUCCUUAUGAAUUAUUUGAGCUUCCAAAACACGUUGGAUUGGUUCACGUUGAGGUGGUGGUGAAGGUGGCGGUAAAAGUGGGAUGGUGGCAGUGGGCGGGUUUGUGGGGAACUAUUGGGUUUGACGAGAAAUGUUUGAAUUUAAGUGGUGAUGAUGGUGGCAGUGGGUUUGUGGGGUUGUUUGAUGGUGGUUCAAAGUCUUACUCUUUUCUUUAGCGAUCGCAUGAUACAAGCUCCGGCGUUUUGCAAUCACUAAAUUUCAAUUACUAUUGGGUUUGCUUGGUGAUCCACGAAAACAUAUUCAUUUUAAUUGCCCAAUCAUGAAUUAGUAAUUGCAUUCAAUUUCCAAAAAAAUAUUCCAAUUGUUUCGGGUUAUGCAAUUGCAAUUGGGUUUGUUCGACGAGGACGCUGAUGCAUUUCCGGAGCGAUUAUACCUAAAGGGUUGGGGAUUUUGGAGUUGGAUGUGCUUUCACUUCUCGGCUGAUGCAUUGAUGCUAUGCUCAAAGUGAUAAUGAAAUCACCAAUAAUUUUUUUUAUGUCGACAAGGUCCUACAAUUCCUAGAAAUUUCUUUUGUAUCAGUCAUUAUCAUUUGCUUUCAUGAUUGUAUGAUUUCUGUUUCGGUAAACGUAUUACUAUUAUUAUUUUAAUCAGAAAGCACAUGCACUUUAUGAAGACGAUGAACAGUGAGUUAUAUAUAUGUGUGUGUGUGUACACAUAUAUCUGUGUGUAUUGAAAUAAGUGGUUUCAGGGGUGUAAGUGGUUUUGGGUGUAGUGGUCAUAUAAGGGGCAUUAGUGGCUUUUCAUACUUAUAAAGGCAUUAUGGCCAUUAAAAGUAUAGUGUGUGUCACGUGACCAGCACAUGGUCACUUUAGUGACCGAAGCCUUGACGAAUUAGGUAAUUUGUAACAAAAAUGUAUAGUUUAAGGGUUUAAUUGCAAUUUUAGUAGUUCAGUUUUGUUUUUUUAUCGUUUAUUUUAUUUCAUAACUGAUUUUCUUUUAUUUUCUUUCUUCCUUUUUUUUUACGAAGUCCUGAAAAGGAGCGAGAGAGUGAAUUUUUCCGCAAUGUUGGGAUUGGGGUUUUUCGUGGGUUUAACCUCGACCUAAGACUUCCAACUCCCUCCUCUCCCAUCUUUCUCUCUCUACAUGGGUUCCCUCUGCGAGUCUGCCCUGCUCCCUACGCAGGACCGCCAGUCUCAGACAAAGUAUAAACUCUGUAAAAACACCUGUUAUUUACAGUCCCGCCAAAAGCUUAUCAAGUCGGCUUUUUAUUGUAUAAUCAUCUAACAGUGUUUGGUCGAUCACUUCAUCUUAAACAAGGUUCAAGUUAUAACAGCAUGUCAUUCAGUCAAAUUCGUAGAUACGGUGCGUAUACUUGGAAGCUUAUAGUUUUGCCAAAGGCAGGAAAUCCUUCUACAUCAUCUGCUUUCAUGGUCCCUGUUUCAGAGGUUCCAACACAUCUAUGCGGCCCCAACGAUUCGGAUACAGCUUCUGAAACAACAGAGUUCAACAGCGAUAGGAAAAACUGUGGAGCUGUAUGGUCCAAGCCGCGUGAAAUAAAAAGAAAACAGAAAAGGACAAAUUUUGGGAAUGGCAAGAAGAAUGCACAAGGUAAGCGUGAGGGUUUGCAAGAGGGGAGCGGUUACAAAUACAGAAGUUCAAGCGUGCCUGCUUCCAUUAAUAUUAGUGGCUCCGAGUCUAAUCAUGCAAGGCAAAAGGAUUUAAAUUCAGAACAUUCAAUACUCAAAGAUUUCCAUCCCAAUGGUUUGUUGUUAGAGAAACUUUCAGAGGAAAGGAAAGAAACAAGUCCAGAACUAUUUGAAACCAGCACCGCUUAUUUAUCUCAAAGGGAUGCCGCAGAUGCAAAUUCUACUGCCGCUGCUGAUGAUGCAGAUGAAAUAUAUUUUGAGCGAAUAACUGAUGAAGAAGCCCAAGGUGUUUCUCAAUCACAUCUUCAUGAGAGUCUUGCUCACAUAUAUGAUAAGGUUCUUGUAGUUGAUAAUAUCUCUGUAGCCAAGGAAGUUGUCAAGAUGCUUACAACUCAAUACAGGCAUCAUGUCCAUGCAUGCGAUACAGAGGUGGCUAAAAUAGAUGUGAGACGGGAAACACCUAUUGAUCAUGGAGAAUUAAUAUGCUUCAGUAUUUAUUCUGAGCCAGCAGCAAAUUUUGGCAAUGGGAAGUCUUGUAUCUGGGUAGAUGUCCUAGAUGGUGGUGGCAGAAGUCUUUUAGCUGAAUUUGCUCCAUUUUUUGAAGAUCCUUCCAUCAAAAAGGUUUGGCACAACUAUAGCUUUGACAGUCAUGUUCUGCAGAACUAUAGGCUUAAAAUUUCUGGCUUUCAUGCUGACACAAUGCAUAUGGCUCGAUUAUGUGAUUCUUCAAGGCGAAUAGAAGCACUUAAAUGUGACCCUAGGGUCAUGUCUGGUGAUGGUCGCCACCUUGAUGAAAAUUUGAUUAGUAAAGUAUCAAUGGUAACCAUCUUUGGCAGGAGAAAGGUGAAUAAAGAUGGAUCUGAGGGCAAAAUUAUCACUAUCCCUCCUAUUGAAGAGCUUCAAAGAAAAGAGCGGAAACCAUGGAUAUGUUAUUCUGCCUUUGAUUCAAUAAGCACAUUAGAGCUCUAUAAGAGUUUGAAAAGCAAACUAGUUGAUAUGAAGUGGAAAGUCGAGGGAUUUUGUAAAGGAACAAUGUUUGACUUUUACACGAAAUAUUGGUGCCCAUUUGGUGAGCUUUUAGUAGAAAUGGAAAAGGAGGGGAUGCUGGUCGACCAAGCCUAUCUCGCAGAGAUUGAAAAAGUAGCUAGAGCAGAGCAACAGGUUGCUGAGAAUAGGUUUCGCAAUUGGGCAUCUAAGUAUUGUCCUGAUGCUAAGUACAUGAAUAUUAGAAGUGAUGACCAGUUGCGCCAGCUCUUUUUUGGCGGUAUUCAGAGCAGGAAGGAUCGUAAUAAAAGGCUUCCAAUUGAGAGGGAUUUUAAAGUUCCCAACAUCCAGAAAGUGAUGGAAGAAGGCGAGAAAACUCAAGCAAAAUGUCUCAAUAUAAAACUACAUAGCCUUGGUCCUGAGAUACAAACUGAGAUUUACAAUGCAACUGGUUGGCCCACCGUCAGAGGAGUUGCUUUGAAGACCCUUGCUGGGAAGUUUUCUGCAGAAUUUGAUUUUAUGGAUGAAGCUUAUCAGUUUCAAUCAGAUGACAAUGCUGGAAACUUACUUGAAAUGAGCAGUGAACUCUCAGAGUCAAAGGAAAGAGCUGCCAGUGGGGACACAGAAUCUGCUUAUGGAACGGCUUAUGCUGCAUUUGGAGGGGGGCAGAGUGGGAAGGAGGCUUGCCAUGCAAUUGCUGCUUUAUUUGAAGUUUGCUCUAUAGAAUCUGUGAUAUCCAACUUUAUCCUCCCUUUUCAGGGCAGUCAUGUGUCAGGCAAGAAUGGGCGCGUACAUUGUUCACUGAAUAUCAACACAGAAACUGGGCGAUUGUCAGCUAGGAGACCAAAUUUUGAGAAUCAGCCUGCAUUAGAGAAAGACCGUUAUAAGAUUCGCCGGGCAUUUAUUGCUGCACCUGGGAACUCCCUUAUUGUUGCUGAUUAUGGACAACUGGAACUUAGGAUUAUUGCACAUCUUGCCAACUGUAAGAGUAUGUUGGAUGCCUUCAAAGCUGGUAGAGAUUUUCAUUCAAGGACUGCAAUGAAUAUGUAUCCCCACGUUCGUGAAGCCAUUGAACAGAAGUGUGUGCUUCUUGAGUGGCAUCCUCAACCUGGUGAAGAUAAACCUCCUUUUCCUCUAUUAAAGGAUUCUUUUGCUUCUGAAAGAAUGAAAGCAAAGAUGCUCAACUUUUAUAUUGCAUCCGGAAUAACUCCAGCAGGGCUUGCCCGUGAUUGGAAGGUUUCUGAAAAUGAAGCACACGAAAUAAUCUCUCUCUGGUACAGUGAAAGACAAGAAGUGCGGCGCUGGAAGGAAAUACGUAUAAAGGAAGCCCAAAAACAGAAAUGUGUUCAUACAUUACUAGGACGAGCCUGCCGGUUCCCUUCAAUGUAUAAUGCAACUCCCUCUCUAAGAGGUCACAUUGAACGAGCUGCCAUCAAUACUCCAGUACAGGGUAGUGCUGCUGAUGUUGUCAUGUGUGCCAUGUUAGAAAUAUCAAAGAAUGAUCUUUUGAAGGAGCUUGGAUGGAGGCUGCUUUUACAGUCCUUCACCAUGUCAGAAAUUUCAUCUGAUUCCACUUCCUCCACUGCCCCAUCAAAAACUCCUGCAAUCCAUGCUUGCAACUCUGAUUCACACUCUGUCCAAAUCACCAAUAUUCGAUUGAAUGGUGAUAACUUCUUGCGUUGGUCUCAGUCUGUCAGGUUGUACAUCCGUGGACAGGGAAAGAUUGGUUAUCUGACAGGAGAUAAGAAGGCACCAAAAAAAGAAGACUCGGCAUAUUCAACCUGGGAUGCGGAAAAUUCCAUGGUCAUGAUUUGGCUCGUAAAUUCCAUGGAGGAAGAUAUCAGCUGCAAUUACAUGUGCUAUCCGACAGCCAAGGAACUUUGGGACAAUAUUAAUCAGAUGUAUUCUGAUCUAGGAAAUCAGUCCCAAAUCUUUGAGUUGACACUAAAACUUGGUAAAAUCCGACAAGGAGAGGACAACAUCACCAAGUAUUUCAAUUCUUUGAAGCGGCCAUGGCAAGAUUUUGACCUGUUCAAUGACUACGAGUGGAAAUCGCCAGAAGAUUGUGAUCAUAACAAAAGGAUGGUGGAGAAUAAUCGAAUUUACAAGUUUCUUGCAGGUCUAAACGUUGAAUUCGACGAAGUUAGGGGGAGAAUAAUUGGUCAACAGCCUUUGCCCUCAAUUGGUGAAGUCUUCACUGAAGUUAGAUGUGAAGAAAGCCGCAGAAAUGUCAUGCUCGAAGAAAAGGGAGCUGCUGCACCUGUCGAGAACUCAGCCUUGGUUGCAUCCGAUGCAAGUGCGAACAAGGUAUUUGCCACCAAUCAAAGAAGGCAGGAUGAGAGGCUUCGGGUGUGGUGUGAUUUCUGCAAUAGGCCACGUCAUAUCCGAGAAACCUGCUGGAAAAUCCAUGGAAAGCCAGCAAACUGGAAAAGCAGCAAGCCGGGCGACAGAUCUAAUUGUUCAUUCCCUUCGGCAAAUGAAGCCGAAACAGGUCCCUUCUCCAAGGAGCAGAUGGAUCAUCUUCUUAAAUUGCUAAAGUCCAAUUCUUCACUAGGUACUCCUAGUGGUUUCCUUGCUGAAACAGGUUCAUGAUGAAGUAAUCCUCGAAGGACCGAAAGAGUCAGCUGACAUCGCCAAGGCCAUAGUUGUUGAGUGCAUGUCCAAACCCUUUGACGGCAAGAACAUUCUUAAUGUUGACCUUUCUGUUGAUGCCAAAUGUGCUCAA